AUGGCUCCCCCAAGUUCCUCCCCAUGGGGCGCGGCGGAGGCGCCCAAUAGCAUGAAUGGCACCCGCGCCCAGCUGCUGCACGCCGCCUUUGUGCUGUCACGAAUAUGGCCUCAGGAUGGGGGUCCAGCGCGGACAGCGCGGCUGGCCGCGGCCGUCGUCGAGAGCACCGACCUCUCGUCCGCGACAGAGCCUGCGCCCGAGCUCGUAGCCGCCUCCAGCGAGCAGCAGCAGCACAUCCGCUCCGAUAGCGUCGGGUCCGCCGUCACGUACGACGACGAGGCGCUCGAUGCCUGCCCGGCGAUGAUCCGUCGCGACAUGGAGUUUUUCCAGGCGCGGCUGCGACGGGCGUCGUCGUCGUCUUCGUCUUCGUCGUUGUAG